AUGGACUUUCUCCGUCGAAGAAGAGGCUCAGACUCAGAUGACGAGGGUGUGAGCGCCAUACACAAAUCUAGACGUCCACCCAAUACUGCAUUCCGUCAACAGAGACUAAAAGCAUGGCAGCCGAUACUCACUCCAAAAUCGGUGAUUCCGCUUCUUUUAUUAUUGGCAGUAAUCUUUGCUCCGUUGGGCAUUGCCAUCAUCAACACUACGUACAACGUGGAGCUUCUCGAGAUAGACUACUCUAAUUGUGAAAACCUCGAGCCAGACGACUUUGUCAAGGUUCCUUCCAAAUACACCGCUCACCACUUUCGUCACAAAAACACCGACCCGGACUUUAAAUGGAAAGUGACCAGCGAUAAAGAUGAUUAUGGUGACGAUAUCAAAACCUGCUAUAUUCAAUUUGAAUUGCCGCGUGACUUGAAACCACCAUUGUACAUGUACUAUAAGCUCACCAACUUUUAUCAAAACCACCGAAAAUACGUUGAAUCAUACGACUUGGAACAACUUAAAGGAAACGCCGUCAGUUCAGACAGCUUGACCGACAAGUGCAAGCCAUUGAAGUACGUUGGAGACAAAAUCAUCUAUCCUUGUGGUCUUAUUGCCAAUUCGUACUUUAACGAUACCAUCUCAAGUCCGGUGCUUCUCAACGCCAAGAGCUCCAGCAACAACGAGACGUACGAAAUGAGUGAUAAAGGCAUAUCAUGGAGCAGUGACCGUGACCACAAGUACAAGAAGACCGAAUACAAGCCAGAAGACAUCGUUCCUCCACCCAAUUGGUACAAGAUGUACCCCAAAGGAUACACAGAAAAGAAUCUUCCUGAUCUAAAAACAUGGGAACACUUGCAAAAUUGGAUGCGAACAGCCGGUCUUCCGUCUUUCUACAAACUCUACGGAAAAAACGAAACUCAAACCAUGACUUCCGGUUCGUACCAGUUUUCGGUGGUAAUGAACUACCCUACCAAGUCUUUCGGAGGAACCAAGAGCGUCGUCAUCACCACAAGCAGUAUAUUUGGAGGACGCAAUAUGAGUUUGGGAGUGAUCUAUGUCAUCGUAGCUGCCGUGUCGUUGGUGCUUGGUGUGGCAUUUUUGAUCCAACACUUGAUCAAGCCUCGACGUCUCGCCGACCACAAUUACCUCCAGAAUGUGUCUCCCACCAACUUCCGGGACCAGUUAUGA